CGGGCACGGCACCACGGCGGGCACUGCCACCAUCCACGCCAUGAGGCGCCUGCUGCUCCUCGCCGCGCUCUGCCUGGCCCUGGCCAGCGCCCUGAAGAGGGUGCCCCUGGGCCGGCGCCGCUCGCUGCGGAAGCUGCUGCGGGAGCGGGGGCAGCUCUCGCACCUCUGGAGGGCCCGGGACGGGCCGGACGCGAGCAGCGAGGACUGCGCCGCCUUCUCGGAGACCAGCGAGCCCCUCAUCAACUACCUGGACAUGGAGUAUUUUGGGCAGAUCUCCAUUGGGACACCACCCCAGAAUUUCACUGUGGUGUUUGACACGGGCUCCUCCAACCUCUGGGUGCCUUCUGUCUACUGUGUCAGCAAAGCCUGCGUUGGGCACACCAGGUUCCAGCCAACCCAGUCCAGCACCUACCAGGUGAUAGGGACCCCCUUCUCCAUCCAGUACGGCACCGGGAGCCUGACGGGCAUCAUCGGGUCCGACCAAGUAGCCGUCGAGGGUCUGGCCGUGAGCAACCAGCAGUUUGCAGAGAGCAUCAGUGAGCCGGGAAAAGCCUUCCUGGAUGCUGAGUUCGAUGGGAUCCUGGGGCUGGCUUACCCCUCCCUGGCCGUGGAUGGGGUCACCCCUGUCUUCGACAACAUGAUGGCCCAAAAUUUGGUGGAGCUGCCCAUUUUCUCUGUCUACAUGAGCUCGAACCCUGACUCCCCCCAGGGAGGAGAGGUGCUUUUUGGGGGCUAUGACACCUCCCGCUUCACGGGCACCCUGAACUGGGUGCCAGUCACCCAGCAGGGCUACUGGCAGAUCCAGCUGGACAACAUCCAGCUGGGGGGGACAGUGACCUUCUGUGCCAACGGCUGCCAGGCCAUCGUGGACACCGGGACGUCGCUCAUCACGGGCCCCACCAAGGAGAUCAAAAAACUGCAAAACCUCAUUGGGGCUGUGUCUGUGGAUGGAGAGUACGCCGUGGAGUGCAGCAACCUCAAUGUGAUGCCUGACCUGACCUUCACCAUCAAUGGGCUGCCCUACACGCUCAGCGCCCAGGCUUACACCCUCGUGGAGUACGCUGAUGGCACGGCCUUCUGCACCAGUGGCUUCCAGGGCAGCGACAUCCCCCCUCCCACAGGACCCCUCUGGAUUUUGGGAGAUGUUUUCAUCCGUCAGUUCUACUCCGUCUUCGACCGUGGGAAUAACAUGGUGGGGUUGGCCCCUGCUGUCCCUUAGGGCUGUGACAUCCGUGGGGCAGGAGAGGAACGGGCCUUGGCAGGGCAGUGGAUGUCACCAUGUCCUCCUCAGUGUCCCCAGGGGGAUGAGGACACCCAGGGAUGCAGUGAAGAGUCCAGCAGAGGUUCAGUCCACACCAGGACACUGUGAUAGAAAAAUGUCUCGAGCAGCUCUGUGAUCUGCUCUGCACAUUCUCUCUUUUUGAAUCCUGAGCCAAUAAAAAUGUCGAUAAACCCAAACUUCUCAUGCUUCUGUCAGCAGCAGCCCAGCAGAAAUCCUGCACGUCUCAAAGGGGGUUAAAUCCUCCUUGCCCAUGUCCUGCUCUCCUCCCUGGGUGAUCCAUGGCACUGCCAGGGCUGCACUCCAGCCUGGCUGGAGCUUCCCUGGGAUUUCCACAGGGGCAGAAAGAAGGGGAUGCUUGGCCCAGGUAGAGCAGAAACCCCUGGAGGUGACUGUGGCCAUCCCUGAGCAUCCCAGGGGCAGGACAGGGGCUGAAGAGAGCACUGGGAAUGCACCUUUCCUCAGCUGGGGCUGGUAAACAAGAAGGUAACAAGGAGACUGGAAAGACCCUGGGGCUCUUUCUGUGCCACAAAACUCCAGGAGCCACCGGUGAUUUCCAGUGAAAUUCGCUUUGAUUCCCGUGGGGAACUCACAACACAAUGUCCUUGGUGGGUCCUUGAAGCAAAAAGGGCAAAGCAGCUGCUGAGCCCUGGGCUGGGCUGGCUCAAAG